AUGGCACCUGGAUCGACUUUCGAGGCAAACUUGCCUGCUACGACGCUGGUACAAAAAGACAAUACACCACCAACACUAUAUCAAAGCGAAGAACAGGACGCCCUCAUCAAAAAGUCUCAAAAUCAUCUUUUAGGGUUCGGGAGUGCCAUACACGAUGAGAUAGUAACUGGUACCGCCGGUCUUUACUUUUACACAGCUAGCGGUCAGAGGCUGCUUGACUGGACUUCUGGUCAAAUGUCGUGCCUGCUCGGCCACGGCCACCCGGAAAUCGUAAAGGUCAUUGUUGACCAUGCCAUGUAUCUCGACCACACAUUCUCCGGCAUGGUGUCCCCUCCCGUCAUUCACCUCGCCGAGCGCCUGUGCCGGAUGCUGCCCAAGGGACUCGACAGAGCCAUGUUUCUCUCGACGGGCGGCGAGAGCAACGAAGCCGCCAUCAAGCUCGCCAAAGUCUGCACCGGCAAAUUCGAAGUCGUCGGGCUAGGCGCCUCCUGGCACGGUGUUACCGCACAGGCCGUCGGCGCCCAAUUCCACUUUGGCCGCAGCGGCCACGGUCCCCUCAUGCCAGGCUCCAUGAUGCUGCCGGCCCCCAACGGCUAUCGAUCCGUCUUUCGAAACGCCGCCGACGGCAGCUACGACUGGGAGGCGGAACUCGAUUACGGAUGGCGCAUGAUUGAUCUCCAGUCGUGCGGAUCGCUGGCUUGCUGCAUCGUCGAGUGCAUCCAGAGUUCAGGCGGGAUGCACGUCCUGCCGCGUGGGUACCUCAAAGCGCUCAAGAGGCACUGCGAGAAGCGAGGCAUGCUCCUCAUCGUGGACGAGGCGCAGACCGGCGUCGGCCGUUGCGGCGACUUCAUGGCCAUUGACCAUGAACAAGUCGUUCCGGACAUUCUGACGCUGUCCAAGACGCUAGGAAACGGCCUGCCUCUGAGCGCCGUCGUGACGAGCGAGCACCUUCACCGCGUGUCGCAGGCACAAAAUAACUUCUUCUUUUACACGACUCACCUGAACGAUCCGCUCGUUGCCGCCGUGGGCGACAAGGUGCUCGAAAUCGUCCACCGCGAUGACUUGGUGCAGCAUGCGCGCGAGGUCGGCAGCGUGCUUCACAGAGGGCUGCGCACGCUCAUGGCUCGCUACGGCUGCAUUGGCGAGGUCCGCGGCCGGGGGCUCAUGGCCGGCGUCGAAAUCGUCACGGAUCGUGAGUCCAAAACCCCCGGCAACGACCUGGCCAAGCGUAUCGGAGACAGGGCGUUUGAGCACGGCCUGUGGGCGAAUCUGAGCAGUCAUCCGAGUUUCGGUGGCGUGUUCCGCAUCGCGCCGCCCAUUACUGUCACGGCAGAGCAAAUCGAGCAGGGGCUGGAAAUCUUGGAGCGCGCCUUUGCUGAGACGGAGGGUUCACUACCUUUAUACGCAAACUGA